GCCAGCGGCUGCCGCAGCGGACAUAGCCGAGCGUGAGGGAUGGCGGCGGGCGAGGGCGGGGCCGAGCCGCUGCCCCCGCCCUCCCCCUCUUUGCCCGGCCCUCUGCCUGGCCCGGAGCGCGCCUUGGAAGAAGCGGCGGCCUCGGGCAGCCUGAGCCUGGCGGGACGGCGCCUGAGGCACUUCCCCGGAGGAGCCGCCCGGCGCUGGGACCUCAGCGACACCACGCAAGCGGACCUGUCCCGCAACCGUUUUGCUGAGGUGCCCGAAGACACUUGCCACUUGAUGUCCUUGGAAGGGCUGAGCCUGUACCACAACUGCCUGCGCAGCAUUCCUCCGGCCAUCGCCAACCUCCAAGCCCUCACCUACCUGAACGUCAGCCGGAACCAGCUCACCUGCCUGCCCGCCUGCCUCUGCCGCCUGCCCCUCAAAGUCCUCAUCGCCAGCAAUAACAAGCUGGCAUCCCUGCCGGAUGACAUCGGCUCCCUCGGCAGCCUGCGCCAGCUGGACGUCAGCAGCAAUGAGCUGCAGUCGCUGCCAGCCAGCGUGGGAGGCCUGGAGUCCCUUCGGGACCUCAACGUCCGGAGGAACCAGAUCAGCAGCCUCCCUGCAGAGCUGGCGGAGCUGCCCCUGGUGCGGCUGGACUUCUCCUGCAACCGCGUCUCCCGCAUUCCUGUCUGCUACCGCCACCUGCGGCACCUGCAGUGCAUCCUCCUGGAGAACAACCCCUUGCAGUCCCCACCGGCCCAGGUCUGCUUGAAGGGCAAGAUCCACAUCUUCAAAUACCUCAACCUUGAGGCCUGCAGCAAAACGAGGCCGGACCUGGCAGAGUUCGCCCGAGAAAGCCGCCCCACCAGCUUCGGAACAUGCCUCCCAGAUGAUUUCUGCCCUGUGCGGCAGUACGGCGGCCUGGACUCCGGCUUCAACAGCGUCGACAGCGGAAGCAAACGGUGGUCGGGGAACGAGUCCACGGACGAGUUCUCAGACCUCUCCUUCCGCAUCGCGGAGCUGGCCCGGGACCCCAGGCAGCUCAGGGAGAAGCGCAACGGGGCAGUCGACGCCGGUGAUCUGGAACAGAUAGACUAUAUCGACAGCAGCAUCAACGGGGAGGAGGAGGAGGAGGAGGAGGAGGAGGAGGACUCCCCCUUGGCGGCCACGGGGGUGCCGGCGGGCAAGUCGGAGAGUGGCUCCCGGGGGGCGGCGGCGGCGGCGGCCUCCGUGGAGGUAAGCCACCAGAAGGCCCCGAGGACCUCUUCUCUCCCGAAAGCAGGCGCUGUGGAGCUGGGACUGACUGGCAGGACCAGCGGCGAGGCCAGCCUGCGCAGGCCAGACCCCCCCGGCGAGGAGCGCCGCCGGCCCGAGGUCUUGCAGCUGUGGCAGGAGAGGGAGCGGCAGCAGCAGCAGCAGCAACCACUGCCCCACCGGCCCCCGUGGAGCCAGGGGGCAGAGAAGCACGACAGUGGCCUGGCAGAGAACAGCAGCAGCAGCCUUCUCCCGCAGAAGCAUCGCAGCCAGGGAGCUGAACAGCUGCCUGGCUCCUCCCGGCAACCCCCACGCUACGGAGACCCAGCUCAGCCCCACAGCAGCCCCACGGCGGCCAGCUCUUCGCCUCGGGAGUCUGGCUCAGGGCAGAAACCUUCCAGCUUCCUUUUCCGCUCCUCGUCGCGGCACAGCAUGCAGCGGGGGGGCUCCGGUUCGCUCUCCCAGGAUCUCUCCUCUUCUGAGCUCCUGCGGUUGCGCUCUGGAUCACAGGCACUGGAUGAGAGACAGCUAACAGCCCAACUGCGGAAGGCCAUCGAGUCCCGGCUAAACGUCACGCUGGUGGAGGACCUGGGCGAGGCGUUGGCCGACGGAGUCCUGCUCUGCCAGCUGGUGAACCACCUGUGCCCCCGCACCGUGCCCUUCAUCCACGUGCCCUCGCCUGCCGUGCCAAAGCUGAAUGCCAUCAAGAGCCGGAAGAACGUGGAGAGCUUCUUGGCCGCCUGCCGCCAGCUGGGGGUCCCCGAGGUCUCUCUCUGCUCUGCCUCGGACCUGCUCCUCCUGCUCCGCCAAGGCAACGCCCGGGGCCCGCUCCGCCUCCUUGAGGCCCUGCUGCUGCAGCAGCGGCGGCAGUGUCCCCCGGCGGGGGGGCCCCUUGCUGCCCCCACCGAGCACCUUGCUGGCUUUGGCGUCUUCUAUGUCCUCGUCAUGCUGCUGCUGUUCCUGGCCUAUCGCAAGCUCUGGGGCGGCUGAGAGGAAGGAGGGGGCGGCGGGAUCCCCCUUGUUAGGCUUCGGAGAAGAAUUGGAGCCUGGGGGUGCGGUUGGAUCCUCUUCUCCUUCCCACCUCGGCCCCUCCGCCACCUUCCCCCCCCCCAGGAGCUCCACCACGCCCCUCCCUUUCCAGUCAAAACUGGCUCCAGGCCGCCUGUCCGCGUAAUGGGUCACUUGGGUUGGAGUGGCCCUGCCUAACGGUCAGCGGCCCCUGCCCCAGGCUGGCUCUCCCUGAAAGCCCAGAAUCAGUCACAUCUGUGCCUUGUUCAGUUGUUAAGGUGUUUGGACACCAGAAAUACUUUUUUUGCCAGGAGAAAACCACUGCUCUCGACCCAACAACCCAGCCUGGCCCCAAUUCUGUGCACUUAAAACUGCAUUGCACUAAGUCAAGAGUGCCUGCAAGGGGGGGGGGGCUGAUGCGCAUGUGCCCUUGGGUGUCUUCGCAGGGACACCCCCACCGGGCAGCACAGAGUCCUGCGCCCACUUCUUCCUGCGAGAGCAGGGCUGCUCACACCCCAGGGGCCUCUGGCCGUGGUCGUCAGCCGCUGCUGCUGCUGCCGCUGCCCCCCCCCACCUCACCAUGCCUUCGCUUCAGCGAAGGUCUCUGAACCAAAUACCCCAAAGACCCCACCUUGGCAGAGUGCUGCUUCCCUCCCGUGCCUGGGAAAACCCUUCUUUAUAGACGCUGCAGGACUUUUCUAUGCCCUUUUGCACCCCCAAGGGGGUGUGGGGUGCCUCUGGGCACCCCCACCCCCUCCCAGCACCUGGACCACGACAUUUCUCGGUCUAACCACCGUCCUGGAAAGCUGCUGUCCUCUCAGCCCCUGCACCUGCCUCGUGGGAAGCCGUUCCCAAAACCUCCUGGGGCUUUACUGUUCUGAACUCCUGCCCUUUGGCAGCAACCAGUGUUGGCCGCCUGCAUGAGAUGCCAGACACGGAGUGGGCAAUGUGAGGCCAGGGGAGAGAGCGCCCUGGGUGGAAGUCUUGGGGGGGGCACCAUCCGCUCCUCCUCCUCCACGCUCUGUCCCCUCCGGCAUCACACGCUGCCUGGCAUGCAGGGCCUUAAAGCCACCCGGAAGGAGUGGGAACGCCUUAAUUCAGGGAGAAAGUGAGGCUCGCCCCUUUCCAAGGAGGGCUUUUAUCCUGGUGGAACCCUGUUCCCAACUUCCAGCCCCUUUUAGUCUCACUCCCCAUUUGCUGCCUUAAAAUAUUAAAUUAUACAUAUAUAUUUUAUAUAUAUAUAUAUAUUCUAUAUAUAUAUAUAUUUGAAGAGAGAAAACUAUGGGAAAUUGUAAAGAUCUGUCUUUUUACGCAUGUACAAAAUUGUAAAUACGUUGCUCUCCUAUUUAUCGUUUUCCUUCUCUCGGGACGGAAUUCUUUUGAAAAGGGCUGCAGUUGUUUGCUUCACUACUUCUUCUUUCCCCCCCUCCUGUAAAUUCACUUUUGUGCGUGUCUUCGGCCUCUCUCCUACAGGGAUCCGCCCGACUUCCGUUUGUUUUUUCUUGCCUCACUUCUGUACAUUGUAAAAUGACAAGAAAUGAAUUUUUCCAGAGGACAGUUUUGUGGCUCUUGUCUCUCUCUUUGCUUAAGCUCUUCGGCCGUCCUCAUUUCUGUUGCAGCUGGGUCAACCUGUCUGCUUUUGCAGUUACUUGUUGUCAGUUGCAUUCAUGGUGUCAAGAGCUGUGCGGCUCCCC